GGAUUAACCUUUUUUAUUUGCCUUGUCUCAGGUGACCAUAAUAUGAGAUCCUUAGAGGCAUUCAUAAUACGAAAUAUUACUGAUGUUCACUGUAACAAGGGUCGAAAUCGUACAUAAUACAUAAAUAAAAUUCCAUGAAUGUGCUGCCUAUGUCUACAAUCAUGAUUCUAAAAGAAGAAUGUCAGAGAAUGAUCUAAGAUCUUUGCAUGAAUCUGUUUUGCGGAUUAUAGAAAGCGGUCUUAAGCGGUCCAUAGUCCUUUUUCGAUUCUGAAUCGAAUUAGAAGGGCUUUUCCCAUCACUAACUCACCCCUAGGCUAAGCGGUCACGCAACGAUACUUACAUUGGUUUCUUUUUUGAACGAAGCCAAAAGAUAAUAGUGCCUUAACCAGUGAUAUCAAGCCAGAAUUUAGUGCUGGAAAUGUAGGAUUGUCCACCGCCGGUCUGUCGUUAAGUACGUUUUUCACCACCAACUCGCAGGAAGAACUUGCUGGAUUUCGGGAGAGAUAUCGUAUCUUUAUUCCCAACGAAUGCAGAUCUGGUAUAUCAAUGGUGUCAACCGAUAUCAUAUUUAAAUUGUUGCGAUGAGCACGCUGCAACCAAUUCACCUCUACCGGUUAGGGUUACAACAGAUUCUACUAGCCAGACAUUACCCGAAAGUGCUACCUUAGUCGAGUGGCAAAGACAACGGUCGGAACCUGAAAUAGAAGUACUAGCAAAAUCACUAGAACGAACCCCAAGUAAAUUACGCACUCCUCACUGGAAAAAUCAACAAAAAUAUGCUUAUGUAACAGUAAAAUCAGGACGUUGUCCUUCCACUCUAUCCACCACUGAAGAAAACAUUCCACUUGAAAGUCACCGGAAGUAUCGUGAUAUAGCAUCAAGACACAUAAGUUGUGAUCAAUAUAUUAUAGGAACGGAAAAGCAAACAGACACGCGUGGGCUCGCUUUAAUUAAACCGUCGUACCUGGAACUUAUAACCUGCUCCACGCCAGUAUGCUCUUACUGGUUUUUGGACAGCGACAAAACUAAAAAUGUUAAUCGAUCUUUUCAAGAAAUAUUGACAGUCAGUAAUCAAAUUUCACUUGCACCUUCCGUUCCAAAAAGUUCGUGUAUAUUGUGCAGAGACACUUAUGUUUAAAUAACGCUACCUGCUUGGCAAAAGCUUGCAUUUAAGUUUGCCAGCGCUUCAAAAGUUUUAUUGUUACGAGCGAAUGGUUGCAAAUGUUGCAAUGAAUACCUCCCUUGAUGACCAUGGAAGAAAGGUCAUCAUUGAAUUUUGCCAUCUUCUCGAGAAAUCGAAACAGUUAUUUAACGGUUUAAGAGAACUUCCCCAAUACGGACACAAACAAUGGCACUCACAUUUUGGCCGAACGUUCGACGUGUAUACCAAACUUUGGAAGUUUCAACAGCAACACCGCGCCAUCCUUGACAGCAAAUAUGGUCUCAAACGGUGGCAAAUUGGGGAGAUUGCUUCGAAAAUUGGUCAACUUUACUAUCACUUCUACCUUAGAACAAGUGAGACCGCGUACCUCAAUGAAGCGUUUUCAUUUUACUAUGCCAUAAGAGGACGGUGCUACUAUACAAAAGCAUGCAAAGAAGAUAAAUGUGAAUUAAUGGUCAAAAAAUUAAGAUAUUAUGCAAGGUUUAUUGUAGUAUGUUUGCUUCUCAAGAAAAUUAAAUUAGUACGAGAGUUGAUUAAGGAGUUAGAUAGACAAAUAAUUGAAUAUGGGAACACGUAUGACCCAGAUGACCAAAUGGAGUGGACGGUUGUCGUAGACGAGGUAAAAGCUUUUAUUCAAGCAGAACCGGUCAUAUCGGUUAUACAUCCCGAUAACCAUCCUGUGAUCCUUUCCCACAGGCUCAGCAGUCUAACUACCCCGCCCGUAGAAAGAUCUCCUCAAAUGACUCUGUCUCUUCAGGAAGUUUUGAUAAUAGGAAGUAGUUCACUGCAAGCCAAGUUUUCUGAACUCACCAUAGAUAUGUUCCGAAUGCUUCAAACGCUCGAAAGAGAACCGUCGGGGCAGCCGCAACACAUGUACGACGACUCGCCGCGGCAACGAUUCAUUUCGAAUCCUACGCUGCCUACAAGCAAAGGAUACAAUUUGGAGAAUGGUCCGCGACGUGAUAGCCCCCACAAGUUUCUACUAUUCAAGCCAUCGCCAAGCCAAGUGCUAGUGUAUCUGGCAAGUGGUUGCAACGAUCUUCCUCCCAGCGGCGCUCUGCUGUUAUACAUCUCUGCAGAUGGACAGAUAGUACCAGCCUCAAAGCACCCUGAAGAAAUGGGGUACGAGGUCGGUGGACUUAUCACGACCUCUCGAAGUGACAUUCACAGGGACUGUGUAAAGGAUCCAAAAAGCGCGGCCGCCGGCGUCUCGGCCCCCAAAUUCAAGGAGCAGCAAUGUUUGCACCCUGGGGACCUAUACCCCUUCACGCGAAGGCCGUUGUUCAUCAUCAUCGAUUCUGACAACUCCUGUGUGUUCCAACACAUACCGCGUCACUUUGGACAACCUCUUGUUAUCUUAAUGUCGCCUUUAGAUGUCCCACAGCCGUUCCAAGAAAACAAACAGCAGGGCAACCUUUUCACCAUUUUCCUAACAACACCGUUGACGGCCUUCGCAUAUAUUUGCGACAUACACACCAUGUCCCUAAACCACUGGGAUCGGGCGCAGGGCUUCGUUGAUACCUUCAUGGCUGAAGCAUCACAGAUUGUGACCAGAAGUCGAAUUGACAUAAUGUACAUAAUGUUCAUGGGCGAUGACUAUCUGAGGCUACUGCUGCUCCGUUUCGUGUUCUGCGAAGUCACGCUGCGGCUGCACCGGGCCUUCCGCUCCCGCACACAGCUCACGCGCGCCUCGCCGCCCCUACCCGAGGAAAUACUCGACCAUCCCACGCUGGUGCACAUAGUGCUAGACUUGGCUAUGAAUUUACAGGCCCGCGGCCAUUUCCACGAUCCCGGGAGCGCCGGGCCGUCGCAGGGCAAGGAUUGAUCCAGGGUAUCUUCCGUUACAUUCGCCAAGCAGUGAACAUUUCCUACACUUACUCUUCCCUUCAUACAAAUUAGAAAUACCUAUGCUAUUUAUUAUACCUAUGUACCGCACUUUACUUAUGCCAAGGCUUUUGCAAGUCAUGACGCGUUAAAUUUAUUCAAAUAUCUAUGAAUACAAUUAUGGUUCCUUAUGUAUCUUUAUAAAGAUUAAGUACCACUUUCUAGAAAUUAAGAGAAAAUACCUCAAACUAUUGAAUUCAAGUUAUUCAAAGAUAUAUAUCUAUAUAUAAAUAGGUAAGCUUUAAAUACUGUUACAGAUUGCAUUGCAUAAUUUUGCCGGAUGUUGCAAAAUAAGUAAAUUAUAAUAAAAAAUAAUAGAUAAUAGUUAUAAUAUAGUGAAUACAUAGAAGGGUAAAUUUAUGGAAAUGUCAAUAAGGAGCGUUUGUAAUGUUGACUUUUGAAACCCUUUCCUGCUGUGAGGUAAGAAUUUGCUCAACGGAAUUGAUUUGUUAUGUAUAUAAAUAUAAUUAUUAUAAUUUAAGCCUAAGUAUAUCAAACUAGUAUUGUCAGAUCAAAAUUAUAAAUUAUAUAAUAUUAGCAUUACAAUGAGCAUAAUAUUAUUAAGCAUGUUGAAGUCGUACUUAGCAGAAAAUAAUAGUAUGACUUUCGUAAGCAUUUACAAUAUAUCUAAGCUUGGUCAGUCAGUUGUCACUUUUUUUGUUUUAUGUUACCUACAGGUAUACGAUGACUGCUGCGAGGAAAUAAAAAGUAUUUCACAAA